UGAUGGCAGCCAUUCUCCUGACAUCAAGACCGAAGGUGCCAGUGUCUUUUGAGGAUGUGUCUGUAUACUUCACAAAGACAGAAUGGAAGCUCCUGGACCUCAGACAAAGGAUCCUCUACAAGCGGGUGAUGCUGGAGAACUAUGGCCAUCUGGUGUCACUCGGAUUUUCCUUCUCCAAGCCUCACCUGAUCUCCCAGCUGGAGCGAGGGGAGGGGCCCUAGGUAGCAGGCAUCCACAGAACAGGAGCCACCACAGGACCGCACAAAGGUGACUGGAUAGAGAGCAAGACGUCGAUUUCAAUGCAGAAACAUUCUCAAGGAGAACUCCCAGGCGCUGAUCUUCAGGCUGCCAAGGGGAGUCAGGCAGCGAGGUCGCCUCUGCCUCAGGGCUGUCCCACGGGAGCCUCAGUGCCACAAAGUGUCCAGGGCAGCGGGCAGAGUUCGCUUGGCGAGCAGGAGUACCCGAAUAGUGCCAAGAAGCGGUACCUGUGUCAGCAGUGCGGGAAGUCCUUCAGCCGCAGCUCCAACCUCAUCAAGCACCAGGUCAUCCACAGCGGCGAGAAGCCCUACGCCUGCCCGGACUGCGGGAAGCUAUUCCGGCGAAGCUUCGCGCUGCUGGAGCAUGCACGCAUCCACAGUGGCGAGAAGCCAUAUGCAUGUGGCGAGUGCGGCAAGGCCUUCAUGCGCAGCUCCAACCUCAUCAAGCACCAGGUCAUCCACAGCAGCGAGAAGCCCUACGCCUGCCCGGACUGCGGGAAGCUGUUCCGGCGCAGCUUCACGCUGCUGGAGCACGUGCGCAUCCACAGCAGCGAGCGGCCCUAUGCGUGCUCGGAGUGCGGCAAGGCCUUCAGCCGCAGCUCCAACCUCAUCGAGCACCAGCGCACUCACAGUGGCGACAAGCCCUACACCUGCAACCAGUGCGGCAAGGCCUUCAAGGGUGUCUCGCAGCUCAUCCACCACCAGCGCAGCCACAGCGGUGAGAAGCCCUUCGAGUGCCAUGAGUGCGGUAAGGCCUUCCGAGGCCGCUCAGGGCUCAGCCAGCACCGGCGUGUGCACAGUGGUGAGAAGCCCUACGAGUGCAGCGACUGUGGCAAGGCCUUCGGCCGCCGGGCCAACCUGUUCAAGCACCAGACAGUGCACAGCGGGUGGGAGCGGGUGGGCACCAGGACUGUCAGCCGGCCCGGGAUCCCCGGCAGGAGUGCCUCAUCGGGAGGUGCUCUGCCAGCGGGCAGUGCCGCCUGGCCUGGUGCAAGUCGCAACUGA